GGCUCCAAUAAACCCGGGCUAAGAGCGCCCUGGGCUCGCCUCCUUCUCCAAGGCGAUCAAUAGGAUCUCAGGCGCACUCCAAGCCCUCUCCUACGUAGACAUCCAACAAGGAGAGAGCCGACACAACAACACGCGUGAUCUGUUCCAACCACAAAAAAAAAAAAAGAAAAAAAAAGAAAAAAAAAAUUCUACCUGCUUUCUGAAUCAUGUCGUUGAGCCCAAAGCACACAACGCCUUUUUCAGUGACAGAUAUUUUGAGCCCAAUCGAGGAGACCUACAAGAAGUUUGGUGCCAUGGACGGCGCAGGGAACCUAACCUCUCCACUGGGAGCCUACCGGCAGCCGCAGGUGUCUCAGAGCGGCAUGCAGCAGCACUCCAUGGGCCACAACGCCGGCGUGGCGGCCGCCUACCACAUGCCGCACUCCGUGUCCCAGUUCUCCCACAGCGCCAUGGGGGGAUACUGCAAUGGGAGCAUUGGCAACAUGGGCGAGCUGCCGUCCUACCAGGAGAGCAUGAGGAAUAGUGCAGCAGCAACAGGCUGGUACAGCAACCCGGACCCAAGAUACUCCACCAGUAUGAACAUGGCGGCCAUGGGGGGUCUCACCGGGAUGGCGGACGCUUCCAAAUCCAUGCCAGUGCUGCACGCCGCACCCCGGAGGAAGCGGCGCGUCCUCUUCUCGCAGGCUCAGGUCUACGAGCUGGAGAGGAGGUUCAAGCAGCAGAAGUACCUGUCGGCGCCGGAGAGGGAGCACCUGGCGAGCAUGAUCCACCUGACGCCGACCCAGGUGAAGAUCUGGUUCCAGAACCACCGGUACAAGAUGAAGCGCCAAGCGAAGGACAAGGCGGCGCAGCAGCUGCAGCAGCAGAGCCAACAACAACAACAACAACAACAACAGGACGGGACCAUGUGCCAACAACAGGCCCAGUCCCCGCGGCGUGUAGCCGUGCCGGUUCUGGUCAAGGACGGCAAACCGUGCCAGAACGGUUCCAACACGCCGACGCCGAACCAGCAGCAACAGGCUGUGCAACAGAACGGAGCCGGUGUGGUGCUAGGCCAGCAGCACCAGAACCAGCAGCAGGUGAACGCUUUGGACAUGGAGGACUUGUCUCCUAGUCCCCCUUCUCUGCACAGCCAGCUCAGCAUGGCGCAAAUUGACAGUUCUGCCGUAGAUUACACCAACAGCAUGGUGAGCUCGAACCUCCUUUACGGCAGGACGUGGUAGGACACGUGCACACUCUUUUCUAUAUCAGCCUGCGGAUGAUGAGCCCAUCACAAACACACACACACACACACACACACACACACACACACACACACACACACACACACAGGACUUUGGGCCCCAUGAAAAUAAUCUUUACAGGGCCCCCAACACAUAAUUUCAUCAUCAUUAGGGGCCUCUCUGGGCCCCCAUCCAUCAUGGGCCCCUAGAAUCCGUCUCCUUUACCCCCCCUUUUCGGCGCCCCUGCACACACACACACACACACACACACACACACACACACACACACACACACACACACACACACACGUAUAUAUAUAUAAAUAUAUAUAUAUAUAUCUAUAUAGACAUAUAAAUGACGUCAUAUGAAAGUGGGGCCCCCUGUGGACGCACUGACAAGAAGUACCAGCUGAUCAGAGGCACAUUUUCUUGACAUCUGAAAAGAAGGGAGUCUAUUUUUGAACAUUACGCACAGGCUUGACCCUUCAAGACGCUCCGGGCCCCUUUUUGUAAUCUUUUGGACCUUCAUGAUGUUUGAUGUUGAGAGAAAAAAAAAAAAAGAAAAAGAAAGAAUAGGGGACUGAGAUGAGAUCCACACUGUUCGCAGCAUCUAGUAUUAUUUCACAGUCAAAUACUGUUCUCCAAAUUUACUGAAACCUUACAAGUGAAAAAAUGACAUGACCCUUAGAUUUCGCAGUAAAUUACUUCAAAUAUGAACGGAAUGUAAUUAUUAGGCAGUAAUUUACUGCGAAUUUACAAUGAUUUUUAAUUUUUUUAAUUUUUUUUUUAACGUGUGCACUUUGUCCUCUACUGUAAACUAAUGUAUUCAAUUAGAACUAUUACAUGAAUUAGCGACUUGUAUAUUUGGCUAACAACCAACACAUUUGUUUUAAUUGUAUAAUAAUAAUGUUUGUUUUCCUCAUUCUUUUUUUUUUUUUUAAGUUAAAAACGGCAACAAAUGGAGCUGCUGUAUGUUUUAAACCCAAGUGAACAAUAAGAAUAAAUAAC